AGAUGAUUACACAUAUAGCCGCCCUCCCCCUAUCCCGCCCGGUGUCUCCCGGGCGCUCGCGCUCUGAUCAGUAUUUUGACUGUUGUUUGUUGGGCCAACCGAAGAGGUCGCACGCUCUGCUUGCCUGCCUGCUGCCUGCCUGCCUGCCUGCUGCCUGCCUGCCUGCCUGCCUGCCUGUGCUCUCUUUCCUAGCUGGCUUAGGAAGUCGCAGGUGGCCUUAGGCGCUCCGUGAUUAAUCGCCCCUCCUCCCAGGUUAUUCGUUAUUCCGGAAUUCAUUCUUGCUCGACCUCUCCGGAACUGUUGCCCCUCCCCGCCCGCCUUUGCCAUGUCGUCAACGAGCUCGCAGAGCCCGCCGAAACGACCGAGGCUGUCACUCCAGAUCAAGGCUCUUGCCAACGGCCCGAGUGUGCGGACGUCGAGGUGUCUCGCCGCUGCCGUCGACGUCACGUCGCCAACGUCGUUCAACACGCUCUCCAAUGUUUACGCCACCGCCAUCGACCGGUCCACGCCGAUCCAGGAGGUCCCGCCAACGGCAAUCCCAUGCAGGAGACCGAUGCUCAAGCUGCAGACACAGGACGUCGCCGCGUCCAACGGCGCCGCACAUAACACGCCCUACCUGGGGCCUUACCUCGACACUCCCGUCACUUCGCAGGCCGUCUCCCCCGCGGUGGCCAAGCAGGUCUUCUUCCCCAGUGCCAUGACGGCCACGCCCCCGCUAUCGGCGCAACCACACGAGCAGGGCGGUGCUCAGGUCUUCUUCACCUCUGACGGGACGACGCCGGUAACCGCCCUGUCACGGGGCGUGAACCCCCCUGCGCAGCAGCAGUCGACGCAGAAUUCUUCCAAUUCCAACAAGCGGCGGACUACGAUGCCCGUCGGCAGCGGCGCCAAGCUGCCCUACAUCCACCCGCGCAGCCUCCGCAGCAUCCUCCGCAACUCGCCUCUGCCGCCGUCCAGUGCCAAAUCGCCCGAAUCUCCAAGGCGGCAGUCGCGCCGCCUGCAGGAGAAGGCCCUCCGCCGCGUGGCCUACAACAGCCCCCUCGAGCAGGAGAUCACGACCAGCCGGUACACAAAGUCCCACAUCGACCUCCUCGCCGAGGAGGCCACGCCAAUCUCCCCAUCUGCCUCGUCCUCGGAUGACGGCGACAGCCUCGACCAGGCCAUGGCCGACGCGGCCAGCGGCGACAACACGCGCGACGGCGGCCAGACGCCCGGCCCGUUCGAGGAGAUGCGCCGCCGCAUGGCCGGCAUGCACGCGUCCUCGCCCACGGCGCUGUCGCCCACGGGAGGCGGCAUCCGCAAGCGGGGCAGCAAGCGCCGGGAGAAGAAGCGCCGUUGGGUGUGGACGAUCGGGCAGGACGAGGAUGGCGAGGACGCCGAGGGUGCCGACGCAGCACCGGCAGUCGCCGACGAAAAUGUCCCGGCCCCUCCCUCGGUCCCCCUUCUCUCCAUCCCGGCUCCCAGGCCGCGGACGCGAAGCCAGCAGGCACAACUCGCCAAAGCGGUCGCCGCAGCAACCGGGGGCCAGCCACAGCAGCAGCAGCAGCAGCAAACACAGGUCCCCCUCCUGGCCGUGCCAGUGGCCCCAGCCCGCGCCGCAACCGCCAAUCCUCCCGCCCAACCUCCCACACCGGCCCCAGAAGCUCCACCCUCACCCGCGCCGCAGGAAUCCCAACCCGAACCACAACCCCAACCCCACCCGCUCCCUCAGCAACAACACCAGCAGCAGACCGCUCGGGAGCUCACCCCGAUCCCGGCCUCCCUCGUCCCCACUCGACCGUCCACCCCGGACACGGGCGACCGGGUCCCGUCCUGCGCCACAGAUGCCCGCCACGCCACUCCCGAAGGCAUGAUCGAGCCCCCCACGCCCGGCAUGGAGUCGACCACCAGCGCCUGCAGCAGCCAGCAUAGCGGCAGGGAGGAGGAGGAGGAGGGGGAGGACGGGGACGUGGACAUGUCGGACGCGAGCAGUUUCACCUCUGUCGAGGACGUCGCCACCGCCGCCCCUACUGCCAGAGACUUUCACCAUCAUCAUCACCCCUACACCCAUAAGAAGGGGACGGCGGAUGUGCUGCGCGGGGAUGCGGAUGUUGAGAUGGACGAUGGCACGCCCACCAUGACGGCUCGGCCGGUCGGAGCCGGAGGUGGCCGGGGGUGGGUCCCUUGGAGGGACGCUGCUCCUUGACACUCACACACACAAUCACUAUACACUAGGUGCAUAUUUUGGUUUGGGAAAAAACGGCAUGUAAGGGAGUUAACGGAGCGGGUUACCAUAUCAUUGCAAGGAAGGCGAAUAGCGAGCAUAUCAAAGAGAUCUGUCUUUUUCGUUUCUUGCGUGUUUGGGUUUGGGUUGGAUGUGGGUAUUGUGGCGAUACCUGAUCCACGGAGGUUUUGUUGAUUUUUUGGUUCAUGACUCGGAUGAGUUUAUGAUGGAUGAUGCGGAAACUGGGGUCUCUGGGCAGUAGGUCGGUCAGCGUAAGGUUAUGUAUAACCGGUCACACAAACACAUGAACAUACUUGCAUUACAUUGACAUUACAUAGAAACCACAAGCGAUGUGGGAUGGCUAACCUGUGACUUGUGUGGCCUUGUG